AUGUUGUCAAGAAGCCAUAUGAUUAGUGCCCUCCCAAAAUUUUCUCAACCCUUUUGAGUGGUUCCCCACAAACUCAAAAAACAAAGGGUGGCAUUUUGGUAAAAUGGGGAUGAUACCAAAGUCAAUAAUUCAGAGUCUUUGAGCUGGCCAAGUUUAUAAGCCCCCCUCCUCUAAACCACAACUAGCUCUUAGCUGGUUUGUCUUCACCACACAACCAAAGGAAAGAAUAAAAGAAAACACCUCCAAAAGAGAGAGAGCCAAAUCAGAGCAUCUCAUCUCAAGCCAGCCAUUUCCUUCCACCUCAAAAACAAAACUCAGACGGAGAGUUGAAGGAGGAGCACCCGAAGAAGAAAGAAAGAAGAAGAAAAGGAAGAACCCAUUGGCAUAAGAGAGCCCUUCGAAGAAAGAAGAGGGGAAGAAGAAAGGAAGAAGUUGUUUUUCCACUUGGGUUUUGCUAAAGAUUUGUUCUUUUUGAGGUAUAGAGAUGGCCUGCAGCAAAUUGAUUUGUGUCACCUUCGCCAUCUUCAUGAUGCUGCUGGUUAACUUGUCCCCGGCAGCCGUUCAGGCGAGCGGCGGCGGUGGAGGGCUCGAAGGCUGGUUACCACUCAGAUCUUCAUCCGAAGGGUUGAUUUCUGAUGUAAUGGCUGCCGAUGGGGAAGAGUUCGCCAUGGAUUCAGAGGUCAGCAGGAGGGUUCUGCAGCAGCAGUCUGGCAGGUACAUCAGCUAUGGAGCUCUCCAGAGGAACACUGUUCCUUGCUCGAGGCGCGGCGCAUCUUACUACAAUUGCCGCGCUGGAGCUCAGGCCAAUCCUUACUCCCGUGGUUGCAGUGCCAUUACCAGGUGCAGAAGCUAAAAAAGUAAAGAAAAAAUGGAACUUUCCUUCUUCUUAACUCUUGUUUGUAACUUCUUUCUCUUUUCCUAUUUUUGGGGGUUUUCUACAUUUCUUCUUUUUUUAGAUUCGAUUGUCAUACCUGAUGAACAAGGAAAGAAAGAGAGUUGGGGAGUGAGAGAGAGCUCGUUGGUGAGAUGGGGAUGGGGGAAUAUUAUUGAUGGAAAUAUAUUGUUGUUGUUGUUAUAAUUUUACAGGUUCUCAAUUUGGCUUUUGUAAAAGAUUAUAUAGCUUCAUUGCUAUUCUUUGUUCUUCCUUCUAGUUUCUGGGUUUAGCUUCAUUCAUUUGCAGUCUUGAUGGAAAGAUCUUGCCUUUCCUCUCAUUCUGACAUUACGGAUUGCAUAGAUUCUUCUUUUCACUUUGGAUAGUUGGAUUAGGGAUUUGAUUUGGUGUCUCCCGGAUGGGGUUUCAUUCUGCUUCUCAACUGGUGAUUCAUUAGUUCUUUGCUUUCCCAACCUUCAGAUUCGAGAUUCAUUAGUUCCCUCCCAAUUGGUUGAAAUUAGGGAUUCAUUAGCUCCCCCCCAAUUGAUCUUGAACUAAGGACUUGUUAAGGUCUUCAAUUGGUUUUUAUGUGCUUGUCAAUGGUAUCUUCAAACUAGGGGUUCAUUAGUUCUCCAAGUAGUCUGCUAUGCAGGAAAGUUUGGUACUUUUAAGGGAGGGAGGUUCAAUUUGGGUCUCUUUCUCUUUUGGUCCCCUUGGUCUCAGAUUUUUUCAAGUUGAACUUUGUUGGAAGAGGAAAACAGGAAAAGCACUUCCAAGAUUUCUCUACCUUCUUCUUUCUUGCCUACUUUUUGGGUUCAGUGGAAUUCCAAUUCAGAAAUUGUAUGGGUCUCUGAGAGGGAAUCUCAGUACUACUGAAUACCCCCCUCUUCAUGUUCUUCAAACAAAAGGUGGCCAGGGUGGAACCAAAAGAAGACUCAAUCAAAGUUUGGUGACAGAUUGAUUUAGUAGUAGAGAAUAAAGUUAGACCAUAGGA